GACCAAACUAUCCAUCCCACCUUACAAUGUGUGAAUCCACAUUCGUCCCUCUAGAUUCCUAAUUCCUGCUGCCCCUGAAGGUGGAUGUCAAUAAACCUUUAUGAUGUUCACCCCGUCAACUUCGAAUCUCGAUGCUGUCCUUGGAUAUGUGGCUUUAGAAUAAGCACACAUGCUGAAACUCGCCAUGAAUAGAUCUCACGCAUGAAAACCCAAAAAGAAGCACUGGAUCGACAGCUUCCCUAGAUUAAAAAUAACCACGAAGGCGAAUCUCAGAUUCCAAGCCGACCAGCUCAUUUCAAUGUGUUGUACUGUUACUUGUGCUGCCAGAAGGUAUGCAACUUCGAAGCUAGAUGCACAUACCACAAGAUGGUAAACCACAAAACCGACAAGGUUUCUUUUAGCGGCGAAGUUGUAUACCUUCUGAUAGCACGAGUAAAGGGGUAGAGGUUAUACCUUGAAAGAUGGCAUAUACCCGAAGUUCCUGCUGCUGAAGAUCUGUGCGAAUCUGGAGAAGCAAGUCAAUGCCGUCGCAGCGCAAACCAAAGCAAUAAAUUUCCAGAAAACGAGACUAGUUCGAAAAUAAGGAAAAACUUCAUGCGUUGUGGAGCUUUGAGCUGAUAUCUGACUUGGAACGUGUACCCAAGUGAUGGAUAGGACGUGCUUCUGGGAUCUGCAUGCAGGCCUUGGCCACUUGGAGGAUAAACAGCGGGCUUGGGGCUUGCCGUCAUUUUUAAUAUACUAAAUUUAAGACUAAUUAUGAUCCAUAGAUCAGCCCGAAUGCUUGAAAAACGUACUGGUAGUUCCAUGUACUGGUUUGCCCGCUUCGGGAGCUCGUUGCAGAAUGAACGUCUCGAUCUAGACAAGUUGAUUGGUCUUAUCAACAGCCCUGUUAUCAAGAUGAAAAGUGCGUAAAGUUCUCACAUUACUUCAAAGAACCACCACAGGUCGGCAUCCUCUUUUAUCCUGAUUCUUCGUUUUUCAUUCUUCAUCCCUUGAUCAGAUGCAUUAUCUUACACUUUGCUUCGUUGGAUUCGCCCUGAGUCUAAUAACAAACGCCGGAGCAGAUUCAACUUCGAAUUGCUCUUGUGGUUAUUAUGAUCCAGCGACAGAGAAUCUAUUUACCGACUUUUUGAUUGUUUACUUCAACGAAACGACCGCAUUCCCGUCUGAUGUAUUCCAAAAUCAAGAAUAUGCAAACAAGUACGAGAAGAGUUGGAAUGCACAGUAUCGUUCAGGUGCCGAUCCUUCCAAUGUCCAGAUCACAAAUUCGACAUCUACUGGCAUCAGAAACUCGUCAUCGUUGGAAUUCACGAUAAACCCCCCAACCUCUGAACAUCUCGUCAAAGGUGGCGCGAUCAGAACUUUAAGAUCUGAUAUUCAAUAUGGUUCUUUCAGAUCAACCAUUCGUCCAGCUCAAGCUUGGACUGGAGGUACCGGCAUGUCAAUGCUUCUUAAGUACAAUGAGACACAAAAUAUACAGAUCAAUAGCUUAAACGCCCAAAAGCCUACGGAUGCGUGGAUCAAUACUUUACUUGCAGACGAGUUCCCAAAUCGUGUAUACGGGCUCAAUUUCAGUACAUUGGCCAACAAUGUGACCUACAGUCCAGAAAUUGAUCCUUGGGACUUUACUGAAGUUCGCAUGGAUUGGACCAAAGAUACCGUGCAAUUCUACAUCGGGAACGUUUUGGCUCGCUCAGUAUCAACCAAGAAUGUAAGCAGCAAAAGCUUUCCCAUCACUCCAUCGCCUCUAUUGUUCAAGCUUUGGUCGAACGGAGAUUCAUAUUUCACGGCUGGACCGCCCACAAGAAAUACCACAGCCAACCUCGGAUGGACCCGAUCAUUUUUCAACUCGUCAAUCAUGACAAAGGAGCAGCACAAUGAAUUUGAUACGAGAUGUACUGUUACAGAUGCAUGCUUGAUGGAUGAUACAUCACUACGUGGUUAUACUGCCUUCGGGGUGGAUUCUAUCCCAAAAUGGAAGGCCACACACCAUGAAAGCGGGGUUCGAACUUUCGCUUACAUUUGCCUCUCAUGUUCUGUGGCUCUGACUGUACUAUUGCUUUGCAACAUCACUUUCCAGAGAUGGCCUACGAAGGACUCCAAGACUCCAAAGGAACCAAAAGUACAUAGCUGUUAUCGUCUUCCACCCCAAAUUUCCAACUCUAAAUUCCUUUCGUCAUCUAAUACGACACCAACAAUGUCAACAAGAGCUUCAUCUAUGGAUUUGAAAAGUCCGAAAGAUGAUCUCGAAAUAACAAAGGUUGGCUUCACACCCGGAUCUUCAACACUCACGCUCAAAGAUAUGGUCAAUCAAGAAACCACACGUAUGCCGCACAAUAGUCCGUUCGCAGCUUCUCGACAACAUUCCACCUCAAACAUGAGUGGGUUUACUUUGAAUGAUUCUAUAUCGCCGUCGGCUUCACAAAAUAAACUCUACAGUUUCAAUGAUACCCCGAAUGAUUCGAUGGCUAUAACACCGCAAAGCUCUUUGUUCUUCGGUAAGGACGGCCACCCAAUUAUAGACGAUGUUACUCCGCAUAAUUCGUUCAUCUACAGCAAAAAUCCAGCAGAGACGUCAGAAAAGGAGGACUGUUCGAUGCCCGAUGUCACCAAGAGUAACGAAACCGAGAAUUCUAGACCAGCACCCCCCAAUCACGUUGCUUCAGAAGUUCCAGCCCCAAUUGCUUUCCCAGCUGCACCCAUCAACGCUCGGACGGCACCCACCAAACGAAUUGAAUAUUUGGCAGGACUCAUAUCGAUCGCAACCCUUUUGGUGACUCUCAUUCACUUUAUAUUCACGUUCUCGCCUGCAAUGGGUAUGGUUGGUGCCCUUGAGCAUUAUAGCUAUGAGAUCAUGAUUCGAAAGACUAUUGGAUCAUAUCUUCUUAACCAAAUUCUUCUUGGACUUUUCUUCAUUACAUCCACUCGCUUCCUUAUCAGUCGUUAUCUACGUACUGGUGAUCUUGGAAGUAUAGCCGAGAAGACGACGGGAAGAACAUUCCGUGUCAUGAUUCCCAUUGCGGCAUGUGCUAUGCUCGAGUACUUUUUGAUCGAUGUGGGAGCUCUUACAUGGUUAGAAUACCUUCCCAGUAUCAGUUGGACAACAUGGCCUUAUGCUGUAGCAUACACAGAUUUCGCUCAUUAUAUCUCUGAGAUCCUUGAGUUGGUGUACUUGCUUCCUAAUGCAGCUCCGCUAAUCACCUACAACUACUGUACGGGUGUUUUGUGGACCAUCCCCGUUCAAAUUGAAGGUUCUUGGAUCACGCUUUUGGGAUGCAUCGUGGUUAGAGAGAUCAAAACGCCUUGGAAGCGUAUGUGCUACUAUGCGUUCUGUAUUAUUAACCAUUGGUAUGCUCAAAGUUGGGGCACAUUUUUCUGGUUUGGAGUUCUUUACACCGAUCUAGACGUCACCUUCAAGUACAAAAAGUGGUUCAAAGACCACGCCUUUGUCCUCUGGACCGGAAUCGUUAUUGGUUUCAUGCUAGCCAUUGCCGCUUUGUCAAACGAUUUAAUCACUGCAUGGACAGGUUUCUCAUUGCCUAUCGUAGAACGAGGUAUUCAUCCGGAUCCCGAGAGCGGUCUUCCAAUCGCCCAGACAGCGAAUGCGGGAUAUCCAGAAUAUUUCAAUCCUCGUUUUAAUGGAAUUAUAUUUGCUGUCGGUCUCCAAUUCGUCAUCGAGAAUUGUUACUUCGUUCAGUGUUUCUUAUCUAUGAAGCUUUGGUUGAUGCUCUUCCCCCAUAUCUUCACCAUCUAUCUUAUCCAUGGUUUGAUUUGGUGGUCGCUUGGCAGCACAGUAUGUGUACACUUGGCUGCCAACACAUCUCUUCCAUAUUGGUCUGUUGCCUUGAUUACAGCAAUAGUUUGCUACGGAACUUUGUUUGCAUCAUUACCUGUCCUUACACCUGUGGUGGAGACUUUGGGAAAGAAUGUCACUGGUAACAUCUGGAGAAUGGCGCACAUUAAGCCGGCUCCCAGAAGAAAAACCUUGUUUCCCUUUGCGGAUAGACUUUUCCUAGACUAUGAAGAAAAAACAGGAAAGGUUGUGGAUGAACAAAAGGAUGUGGAAAAGAAGGCAGGAAUAAAUGUACAUGAGGAGGAAUUGUAAAUGGCGUUUCGAAUUUUGGGGUAAUGAAUAUACAAUGUAUGAUAUUGAACGAGAUUUCUCUAAUUUAGCUAUGAUUUAAAAGAUUGAAAGAAUAACAGAAGUCAAAAAACGAAACA